CACCGGGUGUCCCACGAUGCCGAAGAAUAAGAAGCGGAACACUCCCCACCGCGGUGGCAGUGGUGGCGGCGGCGCAGGGGCAGCUGCAGCGACGGCGGCGGCAGCAGGUGGCCAGCAUCGAAAUGUUCAACCUUUUAGUGACGAGGAUGCGUCAAUUGAAACAAUGAGCCAUUGCAGUGGUUACAGUGAUCCCUCUAGUUUUGCUGAAGAUGAGCUUGGUUUGUGUUAUUCCUUAGGACCAGAAGUCCUUGAUGAGGAAGGAACUCAAGAGGACUUAGAGUACAAGUUGAAGGGGCUUAUUGACCUGACGCUGGAUAAGAGUGCAAAGACAAGGCAGGCAGCUCUUGAAGGUAUUAAAAAUGCAAUGUGUUCAAAAAUGCUUUAUGAAUUUAUUUUGGAAAGAAGAAUGACUUUAACUGAUAGCAUUGAACGCUGCCUAAAAAAAGGUAAGAGUGAUGAGCAACGUGCAGCUGCAGCGUUAGCGUGUGUUCUUUGUAUUCAAUUGGGCCCCGGAAUUGAAAGUGAAGAGAUUUUAAAGACUCUUGGACCAGUCCUAAAGAAAAUAAUUUCUGAUGGAACAAUGAGUAUCCAGACUAGGCAAACUUGUGCAACUUGCUUUGGUGUUUGCUGUUUUGUUGCCACGGAUGACAUUACCGAGCUAUAUUCAACUCUAGAGUGCUUGGAAAAUAUCUUCAGCAAGUCAUACCUCAAAGAGAAAGACACUAAUGGUAUUUGCAGCACCCCUAAUACAGUCCUUCAUAUCAGCUCCCUUCUCUCAUGGACCUUAUUACUGACCAUAUGCCCAAUCAAUGAAGUGAAGAAAAAGCUUGAGAUGCAUUUACAUAAGCUUCCAAGCCUGCUCUCUUGUGAUGAUGUAAACAUGAGAAUUGCUGCUGGUGAGUCUUUGGCACUUCUGUUUGAAUUGGCCAGAGGAAUGGAUAAUGACUUUUUUUAUGAAGACAUGGAGUCUUUGACCCAGAUGCUUAGGGCAUUGGCUACAGAUGGAAAUAAGCACCGGGCCAAAGUGGACAAAAGAAAGCAGCGGUCGGUGUUCAGAGAUGUUCUGAGAGCGGUGGAGGAACGGGAUUUUCCAACAGAAACUGUUAAAUUUGGUCCUGAACGCAUGUAUAUUGAUUGCUGGGUCAAAAAACACACCUAUGACACCUUUAAAGAGGUUCUUGGGUCGGGGAUGCAGUACCACCUGCAGUCAAAUGAAUUCCUUCGCAAUGUGUUUGAACUUGGUCCCCCGGUUAUGCUUGAUGCUGCAACUCUUAAAACGAUGAAGAUUUCUCGUUUUGAAAGGCAUUUAUAUAACUCUGCAGCCUUCAAAGCCCGAACAAAAGCUCGGAGCAAAUGUCGAGAUAAGAGAGCAGAUGUUGGAGAAUUCUUCUAGACUUUUAGUAUUUGAAGACUACUUUCUUAUUUUCUGUUUUUUUCCUAAUUAGAGACGGUUUUUAUUCUGGGGGUCAACAUAGAUAACUUUUGUAGCAAGGGUUAUAUAUUACUUGUAAUUUAAUGUACAGUAUUAUAAAUGGUUAGUUCUGAUUAUUGAAUAUUCUCUGUAAAUAGAAUCAGUAAAUAUGAAUAAAAUAAGUGUUGGUAAUGUUUAGUCAUAUUCUCCUUGUGAAGAGAAAAAAAUCUGGUGUUUCACUUGAUUUCAUGAUGAGAAAAACUAUUACACAAGGUUAAGUUUCUUAUACUGUGGUUAUCAGAAAUAUUGAUUAUAAUGAUAAAAAGGUAUAAAAUAUGACCUUAGACAAACAAUUCUGGAUACAAUUUUUGGAAGCUAGUUCCUCUGGAAAAGCUGCGGUAUUUUAAUUUUUAAAUGGAACCUAGCUAUUUUAAUUUUGUCACUGGGAUGGACAAAAGGAAUUAAACCACGAGAUCUUACAGCUAUACUUGCAGACCAUUUAAUCUGGCUGUUGGGAGUUCCUGAUGAAUUUGCAUAUGCCAGAAAGGUUGCUAACCUUAACCUCAGAGUGGUAACACUAAUUUUAUAUGCUAUGUAAGACUUUGUGCUUUUUACUUUGAAAUAAAGAUCUUUUCACACUUA